AUGAAGAAAAACAACCAGAAAUGCAUGUCUUAUCACGGAACUGGAGAGAAGGAUGAAUGGGAAACUUCGAGUGGAAGUUCUGUAGAAGAAGAGGAGCGCUGGAAAUUGAAGCCUGAUGUUCUGGAAGAAAUUGCGAAGAAGGAGGCGGAGAUGGCUGGAAAUAUGAAGAUCGAAUUGGAAAACAAAACGAUUUGUGAAGCAGGUUCGAGUUCUGAUACGAUUGUUGAAGUGGAAACUCCUGGGGAUUCGAAUUCUGGAGAAAUUAUCACCGCAAAACUCGAAGUUUCUGCGAAUUCUGAAAAUAUGAAGAUUGAGUUGGAAAAUAGAGAAGAAUCUGGAGAAAUUUCGAAUUCUGAACAAGAAGAUCCAGCUGAAAAUCUCGAAGUUACUGAAACUCUUGGAAAUAUGAUUGUUGAAAUGGAAAUUUCUGUAGAAGAUCAAGCUGAACAAGUUUUGGAUGUUCUUGAAAAUAUAAUAGUAGAUGUUGAAAUCGCAUCGAAGCUGGAAAACCCAGAAAGCUCGGAUCAAUUUGAAAACGAAAAUUUGGAGGUUGCUCAAGAAGCUUGUCUUGAAUCUGAAAACAUCGAAACCGAGCUGGAAAAUAAAGAAACCUCUGAAGAAGCUUCAACUUCUCAAAAAGACUCGAACUCUCCUCGAGAGCUCAUCACUUCAGCUGAACCUUCAUCUUCUGCCGAAUAUAAAACAUCUAUUGAUGGUUUAAUUAAAGAUAAAGAAGAUUUGGAGGUUCCGGUGAGUCAAUUUUUGUCCUAAGAUUUAUCAUAAUAAAACUUUUUUCAGGAAGUCUGGCGUCCAGAAUCGAAAAACCGCGAAUUAUUCUUCAAACGCUGCAAGAUUCUCGAAAAACACGUGGAAUCGCUUGAAAAACAAAAAGCUAAAAAUGAAGCGAUGGCUGAGCAAUUGGUCGACGAAUUCUGUGACUUCGUAAACGGUUUUGUUGAAAAAAUUUCGAAGACUGAAAAAGUCGAGAAGAAAGAGGACCCAAGGAAGUUCCAGUCAUGGUGUUUUACGGGCGAUUUGGAGGUGAAAUCGACGGAAUUUUAUAAUUGGAAGAAUGCGUUUUGCCGAGAACUUAUUGAGGUAUUUUUUUUAGAACAACCCUAGAAAAUUCUGAAUUUAGAUCUAAUAAAAAAACGGCCAAACCCAUUUUUUUUGCAGAACGAGCUCGAAAUGCGAACCGCCGAAAUCUUCGACUUCCUCAGCAAUCUCUACAGAAAAUUCGAGCCGCGAUAUGGUCAACAUUUGAGUCUCUCCAAAAUCGCCGCAGUAAUAGACACUCUAACAAUCAACGAAAUGUGCCGAAAAUCGGCAAUCCAGAAAUUCGAGCGACAUUUCCGUGUCAAGAUUCCAGUGCGAGUUUGA